GCUGGAUAGAGAUUUCGUUGAAUCGACAGCUCCUGGUUUUAUGUUGAGGGACCUGAAUGUGAAUGAACGCCGCCAUCUUAUUCUUGCAACAGACCAUCAACUCAGCCUCCUUGCGAAGACCAAGACCUGGUACAUGGAUGCAACGUUCCACGUGGUCAAGCCUCCCUUCACACAGCUGUUUAGUAUCCAUGGGUUCAUUAGGUCUGGUUCCAGCAUGAAACAGAUACCUCUGGCAUUCUGUUUUAUGUCUGGAAAGCGAACAGAGGAUUAUUAUGAGGUACUUCGAUCCAUCGACCGCCAACUGCCUGAUGACAUCCGUCUGGAACUGUGCGUUGUGGACUUCGAGGCAGCCGUGUGGCAGGCUAUCCGCCAGAGAUAUCCGGACUGUCGGAUACAGGGUUGUGCAUUCCACUGGUCACAGGCUGUGUUCCGGAAAGUUCAGGAGCUCGGAUUACAGACUGCCUACAACGAGAGAGGAGAUGUGUACGAUUUCAUUCGGCAAGUGAUGUGUCUCCCGUUCCUUCCAUCAGAACAGAUUGUGGAGACUUUCAUGAGGCUGGAUGACCGCGUCACAUCACCGGCAUUAGCAUCCCUGAUGGAUUAUAUCGACAGAACAUGGAUUCGAAGCAGAACUUUCCCCGUCAGCUCGUGGUCCAUUUUCAUGUCGGCUAUUAGAACCAACAACGACGUGAACAACCGGUUGAAUUCCCGAGUCAACAUCAGGGGUCCCGUUCCAUUUUAUCUGUUGUUGCAGGAGCUCUUCAGGGAAGCCACCGCGAUCCCCCUUCAAUCAAAGAUGGUUUGCGAGAACAAGCUCGCAAGAUACCAGCGCAAGAAAACACGGGACAUUCAGAGGGAAGUCUUUCGUUUGUGGGGACAGUAUACAGAUGGUGAGGUUUCAACCUCCCAGCUGAUGCGGAGGAUAGGACGUUUGUUACAUUGAAAGUGUGUUUAUGUAGAUGAACUGUAGUGUUGUGUUGUGUAGCGUUGUGUAGUGCUAUGUUGUGCUGAUGUAGUGCUAUAGUAGUGAAGAACAUUUUGUUUAUAGAUAUGUAUAUAGCUUGUAGUGCUGAAUGAACAUUUUGUUAGUUUAUUUCCAGGAUGGUCCAAUCAUGCAAUGUUAAUUUAUGUAGCGCUUAUGUAGUUCUCUCGUAGUUUUGUUCAUAGAUAUGUUUAUAGAUUGUAGUGUUAAUAGAUAUCAUGAAUUAAAAU